AAAAAUUACGGUGGAGGUAGAGAAAAAUUUAUCUGUGAUGAUUUGUGAGGGUAGCAGUGAAAGCAAUGUCUUGUUUUCAUUUGGUGUGAUCACUGACAUCCAAUACGCAGAUAUUCGCGAUCGACUGAACUACUUUAAAACAAAAUGGCGACGAUACCGAAACGCUCUCAGUUGCCUUCGAGGAGCUGUUGCUCAUUGGAAAGAUGCGAAGAGUUCGCCAGCCUUCAUAGUACAACUGGGAGAUAUCAUCGACGGCUUUAAUGCAGACCUAAUUGACACUAAUGACAGUGGGAGAAAUUUCUCUCAAGAAGCUCUCGAAGCCGUGAUGAACGAAUUUUCCAAACUGCCAGAUGGGGUACCCGUGUUUCACAACAUGGGAAAUCAUGAACUCUAUAAUUUCUCUCGCCAAGAGCUUGAAAAUUCUUCUCUUCAUCCUUCGAACAACCGUCUUAGCGCAGCAUUUCUAAACAGUGAUGACAGACUGACAUCAGCGAAGAAGAAAACGAAACCAUUUUACUUCUCGUUUGUACCCCAUCCCAAAUUUUUAUUCGUUUACCUGGACAGUUACGACGUCAGCAUUCUUGGCGUUGACGAAAGCAGCUGCCAGUAUAGAGAAGCUUAUGAAAUGAUACGAAGAUACAACAAAAAUGACGAUCUGCACAGUCCCGUUGGUCUCAAUGGCUUAGAUCGACGUUUUGUGAAGUUCAAUGGUGCAAUCAGCUUAGAGCAAUUGUCAUGGCUUGAAGCUACUUUGAAAACCGCCAAAGAACAUGGCCAAAAGGCUGUGAUAUUCAGCCACGUCCCUAUCUACCCUGGACUCCCAGACGCCAUGACAAUAUUAUGGAACUACCAAGAUGUUCUGAAAGUGUUGUGGCAGUUUCAUUGUGUGGUUGCAUGUUUUCAUGGCCAUACACAUCAGUAUGGUUAUGCAGUUGAUGAAAAGGGUAUUCAUCAUUAUAUUUUUGAUGCUGUUGUGGAAGCUCCUUUAGAUUCAAAUGCAUUUGCAACCCUCAAUGUUAAAGAUGAUUCUAUUGAAAUUGAGGGUUUUGGAAUCAUAAAAGAUCAAGUGUUGAAAUUUUCUCACUAGUGUACACUGUAAGCAAAUUGUGAGAAAAGGCUUUAAUUUUAUGUUUCAACAUGUACAGAGAAGGCCUUGUGUUCUGUGAUGUUCAAAAUUGAACAUCUUUCUACUGGGACUUUUUUCAUCCACUCCCUCUUUGUGCAGUAACACAUUCAGACCGGUAGUGACGGUGAGAAAGGAUAUAAAAAAUAAGAGAUACAGAUGUUAACAUCUGUUAGUUUUCAUUUUCAUUUUCCAUAAUUUAUGGUGCAACUUACCAGUAUUCCAUUUGAUGCACUGAUUCCUGAUCUUAAAAACAUUUUUCCUAUGUUUUGUUUUUUUUGUUAAAUUCUUUUACCCCUGCAAAGUUUUAAAGUUUUGCAGUUCUUUCAGGGAUUAUCAAAAUUUAGCUAGAAAAACAGGUGUAAUUCCCUAUGUGAGGUAACUGAAGGAGAUUGAAGUUGAUGAGUGAACCAUCAACUUUUCUGCAGUCAAAUUUUAGCAGCUCAUGACUUACAGUGGUGGAUAAAAUAAUGAACUAAUCUAGCAAGAAGUCCCUUUGUAGUCAUGUGGUUGGUAAUGUGUGGUAAAUCUACUUCUCCUUUGAUAUUGUGGAAUAUUUUCUCGCCACUAUGUAAUAUGUGCUAUUGCAGGCAGACAGGGAUCAACUUCAGUUUGAAAUUAAAAUGCAGGGUUUAAGUAAUAUCAACAACUGUUACUUAUACAUGUAUAUAAAUAACUCUUUUGUAUGAUCUGAAGCUCAUUGGCAUUCAUGUUUUUAUACAAGGCCAAAGUAGAUGGGUGAUGGUCAAUUGAAGGGGUUUGUCUUAUUUUCUUGAGGAACUUUAGUAUGGAUGUCAGGUAUUGGGUUACUUGAAAUGUGGAGAACUAGUCUGAGUGUGUGUCCUAAAGUGGUCAGUACAAAAUGGCUACAGGAAGGACAUUGUAGAAUACCUCUUGGAUUUGUAAGCCUCAGCAUUGCUGGAAGGGAUAAAACUGGUGAAUAAAUAAGAUAUUGUGUAAACAGAUAAUGAUCAUUUGGAAGUCUUGUGCAAAACAAGUUUUUCUAAAUUUUUUUUAACUAGAAUGUGUUGUAAGAUUCAAAUCAAAUGUAAUUUUAUAUUUCCUUAGUUUUCGGUUGAUUUUCAAUGUAGGAGAUCAUCAAGAUCUCUCUACCACAGUUUUUUCUUUAAUGAAUGGCCUUGUUGCAGAUGAUUUAGAAAUAUGAUAAUUUUAAUUUAUUAUAUGAAAGUAUUAUCUUGUCUCAUGUUAAAGUUUAGGAAAAGUUAAUAGUUUAUAAACAGAGAAAUCAGAAUUAGGUGACAAUGAUAAAGUCAGUGUCAGAAUUUCCUCCAAUUGUUAAAAAUAUAUUUAUAUUACUGAGAACUUUUCAAAUGAUUGUAUUUAAAAUUUUUUAGAAUAUUUAAUAUAAAAGCACUGUAUCUAUUGACAAUAAAAAUGAUAUAAUUAGCAGUUGAA